UGUCUAUCCGUAAGCCGUAUUGAUAAGGUACCGUUACAGUGGGAAAUUUAGUGUACUGGGCCGGGGUUGAGCCCCACAUUUUCCGGCCCGUCAUCGACUCGGCUCGGCUCCUCGCUGCUGCGAUUUUCACUUACACGAGUUAAUUCCAAGUGCCUGCAUGAACCCGAAUCGCGUUGCCAACCGCGACGCGUUUCUUUGGUUCGCCCUUGCUCGCACCAUCGCCCAAACUUAUCGCAUCUCAUAUCCAAACUCCUAUCCACUCUGUCCUCAGUGUUGAAGCUCAGUGCACCAAGAUGGAGGCUGCUAUGAAGCCGCAUUUCUUCAACCAUGGGCGGCCAGACUCCGACCCGAAAGAAAUGGAGAACUGCCACUGGUGCCAGAUUCGCUCAUUCAAGACGCACAAAACGAUACCAAUCACCAUUGUCAAUGAGGUCGACGACGAGGUCUUGAAUCCCAACUUCCGAUUCAUCGACCACUCCGUCAUCACCGACGACAUCCCCGUGGCCGACGACUCGUUCAAGACGGGAUGCAAUUGCGCCAGCGACGAGGAUUGCAUGUACAGCACGUGCCAAUGCCUCGAGGAGAUGGCGACCGACAGCGACGAGGACGAGGACGAGGACGAGGACGACAGUUCAAGAAACCCGGGGCGGCGCAAGCGCUUCGCAUAUCACUCGAGCGGGCCCAAGGCGGGUUUGCUGAGGAGUAGGAUCCUGCAGAGCCGCGAGCCAAUCUACGAGUGCCACAAGCUCUGCUCCUGCUCGCCCCAGUGCCCGAACCGAGUGGUGGAGCGAGGCCGAACCGUGCCGCUGCAGAUCUUCCGGACCAAGGACCGAGGCUGGGGCGUCAGGUGCCCCGUCGACCUCAAGAAAGGCCAGUUCGUGGACAGAUACCUCGGCGAGAUCAUCACCAGGAAGGAGGCCGAUCGGCGCAGGGCCGAGGCGACCCUGGCCGAACGCAAGGACGUGUAUCUCUUUGCGCUCGACAAGUUCGAGAACGCGAAUUCGGACGAUCCGCUGCUGGCCGAGCCGCCCGAGGUGGACGGCGAGUGGAUGAGCGGGCCGACGCGCUUCAUCAACCACAGCUGCGAGCCGAACAUGCGCAUCUUUGCGCGGGUCGGCGACCGCGCGGACAAGCACCUCCACGACCUGGCGCUGUUCGCCAUCCAGGAUAUCCCGGCGGGCGAAGAAUUGACUUUUGACUAUGUCGAUGGACUGGAGGAGCUGGACAGCGACGCUCACGAUUCGUCAAAGCAAAAGGACAUGACCAAGUGUCUGUGUGGGACCAAGUCGUGUAGGGGGUACUUGUGGUGAUGAGCGUGGGCUGGGCUGUCCAAGCGAAUGCCGUGAAUGUUGCGUCGAGGACGUCCGGGCCAAACUGACCCAAGCUGUCUUUGAUCCAUCUUCCCGGAGCAAACAAACCGUAACGGGUAACUUGACUGUGGCUGCCUUCUUAAAGUUCCUGGAGCAGGCAGGAUGUUGAGGGCAAUCAUUGUAGGUUUCCUGUUCUCAGAGAGGUGACUUUCGUGCUGCGGGUGGUAUUGUGCACACCUCCGCUCCGUUAGUUGCAUAGGUAUGUAUCUACGGAAUAGGCGUCUGGAACACUCCGUGCUCGGUCGCGCACUGCGGAGAUAUUCGCACUUUCACCAGGAGUCAGUGCACUCUGAUGAGUCCGG